UGACUUGAGCUCAGGAGUUCAAGACCAGCCUGGGGAAUACAGUGAGACCUCGAAUCUACUAAAAAUUUUUAAAUUACCAAAAAAAAAAAAAGUAAAAAAAAUUAGAAUUCUAAUAGUACCUAUCUCAUAGGAUUGUGAAAAAUAGUAGUAAUGUAUGUAAAAUAUUUAGCACAUAGUGGGCACGAAGAAAUGACAGUUAUCAUCAUUAUUAUGAGGCCUGGGAGAGCUGUGCCCAGCCUAUCGUGGGAGGCCUUGACCUUUGGACUCAAAAGUAGCAGCAGGUCCACCCCCCCAUACACCCUGUCACCAAGAAAGCGUCCACAGUUUAAAGGAGCUAUAUUAAAGCACCCCAAGUAAGAGGACUGAACCAGAUGUGGAACUCACUCACCUCCCCUCUCACCUCACUGCCCUCACCAGCCAGCCGCUUGUCAAGUGAUCAGGCAGUCAACCAGCUUCUCUAGGAUAAGGUUUCAGGUCAGCCCGUGUGUAUAAGACCAGUGCCAAGCCAGAAGCAGCAGAGACAACAGUGAAUGACAAGGAGGGGCCAUCCGAUCCCUGCUGCCACCCCCUGGGAUGGAGCCAUAGGGAGCCCCUGUGCUGCCCCUGCCCUGGCAGGACUCACAGCCUCACCGCUGCACUGAAGCCCAGGGCUGUGGAGCAGCCUCUCUCCUUGGACCUCCUCUCGGCCCUAAAGAGACUGGGCAGAGCCUUCCAGGACCAUGGUUGGACUGAAGCCUUCAGACGUGCCUCCCACCAUGGCUGUGAAGUUCCUGGGGGCAGGCACAGCAGCCUGUUUUGCUGACCUCCUUACCUUUCCACUGGACACAGCCAAGGUCCGCCUGCAGAUCCAGGGGGAGAACCCGGUGGCCCAGACGGCCCGGCUUGUGCAGUACCGUGGCGUGCUGGGCACCAUCCUGACCAUGGUGCGGACCGAGGGUCUCUGCAGCCCCUACAAUGGGCUGGUGGCCGGCCUGCAGCGCCAGAUGAGCUUCGCCUCCAUCCGCAUCGGCCUCUACGACUCUGUCAAGCAGGUCUACACCCCCCAAGGCGCAGACAGCUCCAGCCUCACUACCCGGAUUUUGGCCGGCUGCACCACGGGAGCCAUGGCAGUGACCUGUGCCCAGCCCACAGAUGUGGUGAAGGUCCGAUUUCAGGCCAGCAUACACCUCGGGUCGUCUGGGAGCGACAGAAAAUACAGCGGGACUAUGGAUGCCUACAGAACCAUCGCCAGGGAGGAAGGAGUCAGGGGCCUGUGGAAAGGAACUUUGCCCAACAUCAUGAGGAAUGCCAUCGUCAACUGUGCUGAGGUGGUGACCUACGACAUCCUCAAGGAGAAGCUGCUGGACUAUCACCUGCUCACUGACAACUUCCCCUGCCACUUUGCCUCUGCCUUUGGAGCCGGCUUCUGUGCCACAGUGGUGGCCUCCCCGGUGGAUGUGGUGAAGACCCGGUAUAUGAACUCACCUCCAGGCCAGUACCUCAGCCCCCUCGACUGUAUGAUAAAGAUGGUGGCCCAGGAGGGCCCCACAGCCUUCUACAAGGGAUUUACACCCUCCUUUUUGCGUUUGGGAUCCUGGAACGUGGUGAUGUUCGUAACCUAUGAGCAGCUGAAACGGGCCCUGAUGAAAGUCCAGAUGUUACGGGAAUCUCCGUUUUGAACACGACAAGAAGGCCACUGGUAGCUAACAUGUCCCAAACCAGUUAAGAAUGGAAGAAAACGGUGGAUCCACGCACACAUGGACACAGACCCACACAUGUUUACAGAGCUGUUGUUUACUUGUUGCUGAUUCAAGAAACAGAAGUAGAAGAGGAGGAAGGAUUCUGGUCUUCAGUGCCAUGCCUUGAGAACACCUUUGUUUUGCACUGACAAGAUGGAAAAUAAAUUAUAUUAAUUUUUGAAACCCAUUAGGCAUGCCUAAUAUUUAGGCAAGAGAAAAAAAACCAAGAUAGAUCCGUUUGGACAAAAUGGAGGGUUGGAGAUGUGUAUCCCCGUGAAAUCUGGUUAGAUUUACGAUAAUGAAUGGUAAGCAGGAAGAUAGAUAAUGAAUGAUAAGCAGGAAGGAUGGCAAGCACGGGACGGGGGGGGCCACGAUAGAGUGGGAGAUCAGCCACAGAGCCCGGAGGGACGCCACCCAGCAACACAGAGCUGGCGACUGCCGCUGCACCGUCACACAUGCAUCAUCAGCCUAUUCGUAAUGUAGCUGCCACAGAGAGUCCUUUGGGAUUCUAGGAAACCCAAGGAACAAGAGAAAAAACUAGAGCCUGUGCCAAAGAAGCCCUGCUGGGCCAGUGUGAGGCUGGGACUCGUAAAUAUUCCUAAUGACACUGAAGAAUCAAGAGGGCAGCCUCCCCUUUCCUACAAAAUGGAGAGAGCCAUCCCUUCCCUGUCCACCUCACCGGGGUGCUGUCACACGCAAGUGAGAAGCUGGGCAUGUACGCACCUUAUGAAAGCAAAAGCUCUGUGUGAAUCUAACUACAAGGACAAUGUCUUGGGAGAGAUUUUGUCGGGACAGAGAGGAGUUGCCAGGGAAGAAGGUUUGAAAGAUACGGUUGUCUAGAGGUGAGACCAAAGGAUCCAGAGACUUGGGGACCAGAGGUGACAGUGGAUGAUGUGAAGCCAUAGGAUCCCCGCCCCCAUGCAGCCCCUUCCCCCCCAACCAUGCGCUCAAUCGUGAGCACCUCAAAGGGUUGUUGGGCUUGGGGGAAAAGAGGUGGAUUCCUGGGCAAGAACCUAAAGUAGCAAGACUCGGAAUUCUUGGGAAAUUAUUAUGACUCAAUAAAAGAAUUCACACCUUAGGUGUGGGAGUAAGAACA